AUGCCUGACGUCGACGACUCGAGCCGGACGUCGCGCAAAGGCAAGGAGUCUAUCUCGCCCCAGCAGCAGCAGAAUGGCAAACACGUCCACUUUGACGCCAACGGCGGCGGGAAGCAGUAUCCUCCCCCGCCGCAUGCCAUGUCCGCCCCCAACAGCCCAGCUCCCAGCAAGGCACAACCAACACCGGCGUCGUCGUCAACGUCGAGCAAGUCCCAGGGGCAAGCCGCACCUCCUCCGGUCGACAACCAGCCUACGAGCUUCCCGCAGGUCGGCUCGCCUCCUGGCCAGUUCGGACCUGGGCAGUGGUAUACCAGCGCCGACCCGCGAAUGAGCCUGAGCCAGCCGCAGUACCAGCAGUACCCCCAGUACCCCCAGCAGCUGCCUUCAAACGGAGGAUUCUGGCAGCAGGCUGGCGGCCUGCCUCUGUUUGCAAACGGCGUGCCGGCAGCUGGCGCUCACUUUUAUCCAACGGCUGUCCCUCCUCACUAUGCUGCCUUUAACAACAUUUGCCACCCGGUAUUUCACGCCCUUGUUCAUCAUCACCACCAUCAUCACUUUCACGUUCCUCCUGUUUCCUCUUCUGCCCCCCCUCCACCUUCGUUCCCCCCUUCUCCAAACUUACUGCACUAUCACCACCGCGUGCUCCAUCAUCAACAAAGGUCCUCUGCUGCUCUCGCCGCUGGUACUGCUGCUGCUUGCUCUGCGUCUGCUUCGGCUGUCCGGGACAACAUCAUGGCCAACUACCAAAACGCUGGCCCGCCAGCCUGCGGCGUCAACUUUCAGCCUCCGGUGCCCGACACCACCUUUGGCCCCAUCCCUCACGUUUACGUGCCUCGCUUCGACGCCGCGUACGCCCCCGCGCCGUCGGGUCCUCCUGUCGGUCUUCCCCUUUUGCAGAUUGUUCACGUUCCAGCAGAUCCUUGCCCUCCCUCGUUCACCGUCAUCAUACCAAAGACUUUCUACACCGAUGGCUUCAACUACUAUGCAAGUGUUUCUUUCCUCGCGUGCAAAAAACGCAAAACGAAAAGAACGGUAGCGGUUCAGCCUGCCUACGGCGCCGUGCCCGUCGCCCAACCUGGCUUCGUUGUCGCCCAGCAGCCCGGCAUGAUUCCCCAGCCUUUUGCCACCCCGCAGCCCGUCUUCCUCGCCGGCCAGCCCGGCCUCAUGCAGGCCGCGCCCGGACCACAGGUCAUUGGAGGCGGUGGUGGUGGCGGCGGCGGCCCAGGGAUCCCCGUCAUUGCAGGUAAUAGUGGCUUCCCCCCCGACGUGUCUGGUCUGGGGCGGACCCAGGGGGAGGAGACGCUGCGGCAGCUGCAGUUUGCACACGCCAACAAGCUCUUUGAGCCCCAGGAGUUCAAGCCCGCAGACGACGACCCCUCGCGCUUUUACUACGUUCGUGAAGUUGACGGGAACUGGACUCAGCGCAACAGGUUUACUAUUGACCACAUGGGCGACUGCCGCUGGUACGUCACCGAUGAAGGCUGGUUCUAUGCCGUUCGACUUCCGGACUAG